CGGUGCCCUUUGUGUCGGGCGGGCGGGCGGGCGGCGCGGGUCAGGCCGGGCCGGGCCGUGCGAGCGCCGCCGCCGCCGCCGCCGCCGGGGCGGGGAGGGGGCACCGCCGGCUCCGCCAUGGUGAAGAAGCGGAAAGGCCGUGUCCUUAUCGACUCCGACACCGAGGACAGCGGCAGCGAGGAGAACCUGGACCAGGAGCUUCUGUCAUUGGCCAAACGGAAACGCAGUGACUCUGAAGAAAAGGAACCACCUGUGAGCAAACCUACGGCAUCUUCAGACUCUGAGACAUCAGACAGUGAUGAUGAGUGGACUGUUGGAGGUUCUAAAAACAAAAAAAAGGGAAAAGCGGGUAAGGCAGAGAAGAAAGGAGCCAUGAAGAAACAGAUGAACAAAGCUGCCUCUUCCGGCAGCUCAGAUAAAGACAGCUCGGCUGAGAGCUCAGCACCUGAAGAGGGGGAAGUCUCUGACUCAGAAAGCAACAGCUCCUCAUCUAGCUCAGAUUCAGAUUCUUCAUCUGAAGAUGAGGAAUUCCAUGAUGGCUAUGGAGAAGACCUGAUGGGAGAUGAAGAAGACCGAGCUCGACUGGAACAAAUGACAGAAAAAGAGAGAGAGCAGGAACUGUUUAACCGGAUAGAGAAGAGAGAAGUGCUAAAGAGAAGAUUUGAAAUCAAGAAAAAACUAAAAACAGCAAAAAAGAAAGAAAAGAAAGAGAAAAAGAAAAAGCAAGAGGAAGAGCAGGAAAAGAAAAAACUCACACAGAUCCAGGAAUCCCAGGUCAUGUCACAUAACAAAGAGCGGAGAUCAAAGCGGGAUGAAAAGCUAGACAAGAAAUCUCAGGCAAUGGAGGAGCUAAAAGCAGAAAGAGAGAAAAGGAAGAACAGAACAGCUGAAUUGCUUGCAAAAAAACAGCCAUUAAAAACUAGUGAAGUAUACUCUGAUGAUGAAGAGGAGGAGGAGGAUGAUAAGUCUAGUGAGAAAAGUGACCGCUCAUCCAGAUCAUCAUCCUCUGAUGAAGAGGAAGAGAAAGAAGAAAUCCCUCCCAAGUCCCAGCCAGUGUCCUUGCCUGAAGAGCUGAACCGAGUUCGGUUGUCACGGCACAAGCUGGAACGCUGGUGUCACAUGCCCUUCUUUGCCAAGACAGUCACUGGCUGCUUUGUCCGUAUUGGCAUUGGCAAUCACAACAGUAAACCUGUCUAUCGGGUUGCUGAAAUAACUGGUGUGGUAGAGACUGCAAAGGUUUACCAGCUUGGUGGCACACGGACAAACAAAGGACUACAAUUGCGGCAUGGCAGUGAUUCACGUGUGUUCCGCUUGGAGUUUGUCUCAAAUCAGGAAUUUACUGAAAGUGAAUUUAUGAAGUGGAAGGAAGCAAUGUUCUCUGCUGGGAUGCAGCUACCCACACUAGAUGAGAUAAACAAGAAGGAAGUGUCCAUCAAAGAAGCCCUCAACUACAAGUUUAAUGAUCAGGAUAUUGAAGAGAUUGUGAAAGAGAAGGAAAGGUUCAGAAAAGCACCUCCAAAUUAUGCCAUGAAGAAAACUCAGCUAUUAAAGGAGAAGGCUAUGGCAGAGGACUUGGGGGACCAAGAUAAGGCCAAGCAGAUUCAAGAUCAGCUUAAUGAGCUUGAAGAGAGAGCAGAGGCCCUGGAUCGUCAACGAACAAAAAAUAUUUCUGCAAUAAGUUACAUCAACCAGAGAAAUAGAGAGUGGAAUAUCGUUGAGUCUGAGAAGGCUCUUGUGGCUGAAAGUCACAGCAUGAAAAACCAACAAAUGGACCCCUUUACUAGGCGGCAGUGCAAGCCCACAAUAGUGUCUAAUUCCAGAGAUCCUGCUGUCCAAGCUGCCAUCCUUGCCCAGCUAAAUGCAAAAUAUGGAUCUGGUGUGUUACCAGAUGCUCCAAAGGACAUGAGUAAGGGUCAAGGAAAAGAUAAAGAUGUGAACUCUAAAUCAGCUAGUGACCUCUCAGAAGAUCUUUUCAAAGUGCAUGACUUUGAUGUAAAGAUUGAUCUUCAGGUUCCCAGUUCAGAAUCUAAGGCACUGGCCAUCACCUCCAAGGCUCCUCCAGCAAAAGAUGGUGCCCCUCGGCGAUCAUUGAACUUGGAGGACUACAAAAAGAGACGGGGGCUUAUUUGAGCAUGCCCACUCUGCUGCUUCUGAUCCUGCAUGCUCCAUGAUGAUGUCCUACUUCUUCUUCCUCCCUUUUCAGUUCUCCCUUCUGGGUUGGAGCAGCAAUGGAGCUGGGAAGAGACUCUUUAAAACUGCCAGUCAUUUGUAACAUAAACCAUUCAACUAUUUACUGUAUAGACCUCCCUUCUUGCCCUUUCCUCUGCUCCCCUCACAAAUGUGGAUCUGUGCUAUUUGGGGUUCUCCCACUUCUUUUAGUUUGAGUUUUGUUUUUAUUUUGUUGAUGCAGCUCGUUGGUCCACUCUGUGUUCAGUAUUAGCCUGAGGUCUGGAUUUCCAUAGGAAUCUCUUGGCAGUUGCAGAAUCAGCACUUGGUGAUCUCCCCUUACAUACCACCACAGGCACAGUGAAUAAACAUUGGCGCAAGACCUUUGUGGCUGGAAGGUCAUCUGCACUUUCUCCCUCUUCUUCUUCCUCCUUCAUCCUAGCUUUGGAGAAGGGAAUCUUCAAAAACUGGCCUAGGUUCAAAGUGUAAAUUUUUUUGGGAGGGUUGUGUGACUUUUUUUCAGGUGUUUUUUAUCAUUUUUAAGCUGCAGUACUAUUUGUAUCCGUCUGUCACAGUUCUUUACGGCUGUUUUGAAUUUCUACCAGCUGUACUUGAGCAUCUGAAAUUGCAAGAAAGAAACUCAUUAAAUGUGAUUCUUCUUACUAAAA